AUGAAUAAAGGAAUGUCUUACCCUAUAAAAAUUAAAUACGAUACAUUAUCAUUAUUGAAUCUAUAAAAAGUUAGAUAUAAAAAUCCAGUAAGAUUAUUAUAUAAAUUAGGCUUUAACUAUUUAUUGUUAACAUUACAAAUUUUGUUUUGAAAUGCAAGAAGCCUUGUAGGAAAUUGAAAAAAAAAAAUAUUAUUAAUGUCCAUAUUGUAGUUCAUAAGCAAAGUGCCAAACUGAUUUAGUUUAAGAUUGGAGAGUUAAAGCUUAUUAAGAAUUUAAUGAAUUGGUUGAAGAUGUAACUAUAAUUAAAGGAAUUAUGGUUAAUAAAUAUACAGGAAAUAAAACUAAGAAUUUUUUCAUGAUAGAUGAAUGUUCUAAUUAAUUUUUUAAAAUGUUCGAGAGAGCUUCUCAGGAUAAUUCAAUAAAUUUCUUAAUAUAAAAAGAUUUGGAAAAAUAGAACUUAAAUUAAUAAGGUAAAAUAAAUUUUUGGAAUUUUUGUUUGUUAGACAGAGUGAAAAUAAAUAUCCCAGUAAGAAUAUUUGGAUGCAAACAUUAUGAAUGUUAUGAAUUAACUAGUUUAUUACUCUAUUGGUAGUAACAUAGAUAAAAAAAAGAAUAUUUUGAAUGCAAUCAUGCAGGAUGUUCAAGUAGAUUAAGAAUUACUAAUAAUGCUAAAAUUCAAACAUCAAGAUAAAGUAUUUAAACAUAAAACUAAGACUCUAAGUAAAUAGAAGAAAAAGAGAGAAUACUUGAUUUAUAAACAUUAUUUUCAGGCAUCUGCAUAGAUUUGGAUUUAUUGAAUGCAAUAAAUAAAAGUAAUCCCAGUUCAUUCAAAUUUUAUUAUAAUAAAUAAACUAAAAAGAUAGAAGAAGAUAUUAAUAGAGUGAAUGACUAAUUAAAUGAUCCAUUCAUUUUUAAAUUCUAUCAACAGAAUAAGGAUUUAUAAAAUAAAGUUUCAUUCUAAGUCUUCCAAAAACUAAUAUUUUAAUAAGCAAUGCCAAUAAGUCAAGGUGAUCUCUUAUAAGAAGACAAGAAAUUAGGCAAAUCAGUAGCUUUGAAUAAAUACAGAAAUUAUAAAGUAAAAAUGAUAGAUUAAUACACAUAACUUAUUAUUGAAUAUCCUGUUCGAUGUAAAUUUUGUAAAGAUCUAACAGUUUGUAUGGAUAUGAGGAGUUAUAUUGCAGAUUUUAUUUAUUAAAAAACAAUGAAUCCAUUUAAAUAUUAUACUUGUCCAUUAUGUAAAACUUAAUAAACAGGUUAAAUGUUUAAGGUGUUAAUUUAGAAUUACAUAUAUUUAGAUUAAAAUAUGCUUUCAUAUAUGUUUAAAGACAUGUCUUAUACUAAAGGAACAAACAUUUUUGAAUAUAAGGGUGAAUAAUAUAUGCUUUAAGAAUUUAUGGAUAGAUAAAAGAUCACAAGAGAAACUUAUAUAGCAAGCUUAACAGAAAGAUAGGUUUUAUUUAAGUAACUGUUUUGUGGAGUUAAAUAAGAUUUGAGAAUUAAAUAACCUUUAAUCAUCUAAAACUGUCCUCAAAAAAAAAUUGUUGAUUUUAAAUCAUUUUAUGAAAAAUUAAAGGAGAUAAAUUUUGAUUUAGAAAAUGAAGAACUUAUAUUAUGUAAAUGCAGUUCAUGCUAUUCAAAACCAAUUAAGUCUUUUAUUGGAAAUAUCUAUUUUCAUGAAGCAUUUCAUGAAGCCCUCAAUAAAUUUUAUUUACAUAAAGAAUCAGAAUAAGAUAUAGAGUUCACUUACAAAUUUACUGAUAAUGAAAUUGAUAGUAUGAUUAUCCGAAAAACAAUACCUACUAAAAAUCAUAAAAUUAAAAUAGUACAAAAUAAUGAUGCAAUAAGAGAUUCUUCCAAUUUAAGAAAUCUUUAUGGGGAUGAAGGGUUUUUGGAUUUAAUGAAUGAUGAGGAAUAUUAAAAGUUCUUUCUUAAAACAGAUAUUGAAGGUUACGCUUAUAAAGCUUAUAGGAUGAUAUAGAAUAUAGGUCAAAUAUAAAUCUAUUACUAAUAGGAGGGUAUUCAUGCAAAUGUUAAAGAAUUAGUGGAAAAUUUUAAUAAAAAUGUCAAUCAAGAUUUAAAAAAAUUUUUAUUCAAAUUAUCCAGCAUUUAAAUUCACUUAAAUGAUGAUGUAUUAAAUUUUGGCAAAAGAACAAUCAGUUAUUAGUAAAAAUGA